AUUGUCACGUGUCUAUCGUGUUUAUAACCUCUCGGAUUUUUAACAUCUUUUUUAUAAUUCAUGAAAUUUGAAUAAACAAUUUGGGGUUUUUUUUGUAAAUUCUUUACAAAAUAAAACAAAAAAAAAAAAAAAAUGAGUGAUACAGUGAAAGUGAUGAAUAGUGUAAAAGAAGCUUUAUUGUCAACGACAAAAAUUCAGAUUAAUCGCAUUUUCACCGGAGAAUAUAAUAUUGCCUUCAAAUUAGAAAAUGAAAAUAUUCAAUUUAAUUAUUCUCUAACAAAAAACCAGCUAUUCAUUUUAUUACGAAUGUCAUUAUUUCAUUUAUUGCAAUUUGUCGAAAAUGGCACAUUAACUGAUGAAAAUAAUCAAAAUUGUCGAAUUAUCAUAAUUUCUCUUCUUCACAUAAUAAAUAAUGAUUUGUCAAAUGAAAUUGAAUUUCUUAAAGAAUGUAUUAAUUCUAUUUUUACAAAUCCUUUGAUAUUGAGAUAUUUUCUUCCCAUUUAUAGGAAAAAAAAGAAUCCUAUUGAAGAAAUGUUUAUGGAAACAUUUUAUAAAAUAUGUGAAACUCUUAAGGAUUUUAAUCAAGAUUUUAGAAAUAUUUUGACAAUUCAUUUAUAUAAAGAAAAAUUUAUCAAUUUAUUAAAACUAAAUGUUGAAAAAUGUAAAAAUAGAGAAAAAACAAAAGAAAUAUUAAGAGGAGAAUUUUUAAGAAUUCUACCAUUUAAUGAUAAGGAAAUUGUUGAAUUAAUUGGAAUAAUAAUGGAAUUGCCAAAAGAGAAAUUUGUCUCAUUAGAUAAAUUUUCCAUUUGGGGAAAUACAAUUGCAAAUUUAAUUACAUGUUUAGUAGAAAAUGAAAUUUCUUUUGGUACAAUAAAUGUGGAUAUUUUAAAAAAAUUAUUUACAACUCUAAGUGAAUUGAAAAAAAUGAAAAUUGAUACAAUUACUUGGGAUGAAAGUCUUUUUAAAUAUCUUCAACGAUUUCCUCACAAUAUUGGAGAUAUUGACAAGAGAAUAUUCAUCUCGUUACUUCCAAAUGAAAUGAGCACAGAAUCAAUUAAAUUGGUUUCACUUCUUAUUAAUAGAAAUGCUGCCGAUAUUUCGCAAUUUUUAAAAAGUGCCAAAAAAGAUGAAUUCUUAUUGAAGAAUUGUUGUAUUAUAUUUCCAAUAUUAGGAAGUAAUUUGACGUACAAUUGGGAUAAACAAUUUUUAUUGAAAUUGUAUGAAUUGCAUAAAAAUGAAAUUGUCAUGUAUCUUACGAAAAAUUCCACUGAGAAUUCUUGGAUUGAAAAAAAUGUUUCAGCAAUUAUUUAUUUAAUUGAAUCGACAUUUGAUUCUCAACUAUGCGGGGAAAUUUGUAAUUCUAUUUUGAUGAAUGGUGAUAAACUCGCUAAUGUUGAUACAGAAUAUAUACAACUUAUUGAUUGUUGUUUUAAAAAAGCUAUGAUGCAAAAAGAAUUUUUACAAGUAUUGAUAAAUUUAUUGGCAUUCACAUUGAAAUUAUCGAAAAGUAAAACUAGUUUAUUAAAGAAUAAAAAGAAAUUAGAAUUUUUGUGUCGAAAAUUAUUAACAAUAGUCGAGCAAUUAAAGAAUGUGAAUAAAAAAUUUGUCUACGAUGGAUUAAAUAAAAAUCAUUAUUGGCCACAAUUUAUAAGAUUUUCUUUGGGCCAAUGUUUAAAAUUGUCUGAAAAUGAUGAUGAUAAUUCGUUUGAUAAUACACUUUUAUUUUGUGUUAUUAAUGCAGCUUGCAGUAUUGCUUAUGAUGACAAUAAUAAUGAAGAAUAUGUUACAACUAUUUUUGGAUUAGCAACAAGUCAUUCGGAAUAUGUCGAUAUUAUGUUGAGUUCAUCAAACAUAAAAAGAUAUUUAGUAGAAUUAUUAUUGAUUCUAAUUCGAAAGAAUAAAACAAUAAUGUCGUCAAAUCAUGUUCCGUUUUAUUUAUCAGCGUACAAUGCUUCUCUCAGUGAAUGCGAUCAAAUUUUAUUAUUGAUUUUGAAAGAAUAUGAGAAUUCAAAAAUUGAUUUAUCUAAAUAUCGACCAUUUUUAUGGGGCAGUGCUGCAGCAUCACAUUAUAGCGUUAAAGCUGAUCUCGAUAAUGCACUUUGGAAUCAACCCAAGACUUCUCAAAUUUUAGAUCUUUUUCUACCGGAAAUUGUUAAUAAUACAAUAACAAAGUUUCCUGUUCAGAGAUCAUUGAAGAAUGAUUCACUGUGUCCUCCAGAAGAUGUUUAUGAUCCUGUUUUCUAUUUGCCAGUUUUAUGUGAAGUAUUAUCAAUUCAUAAUCCAGUUGCUUAUCACAGAGUUACUCACAGUGGUGCUUUAGCAUUAAUGUUAAUUGCCGGUUGCAGUGAUUGUGAACAAAUUCGAUUAGCCUCUUUUACUGUUCUCUCGAGAUUUUAUUCUCAUCUGGAAAAUCCCGAUGUUAUGAGAUCAAAUGAAAGUCUUUUAUGGAUUCGUUUUAUCGAUGCUCUAAGAAAUGGAAUUGUUGAAUUAGGAACACCAAUGAAUGAAGUUAGAUUAAAUGGAUUUGUUGCAACAUUUUUGGCACGCUCUUCAAUUGUUGGAACACAACCACUACAUCCACUUUAUUGGCCUUUGCAUAAAUUUUUCAUGGCUCGACCCGCAUUGAAAUUAAAUAAAGUGCCUGAAUUUAAAAAAUUAUUCUACAGCACUGAAAUUGAUUAUGAAGCACAUCGAUCAUGGAUUUUAGAAGUGAUUCGCGAUGGGUUUCGUGUGGAAAAUGAUUUACAAAUUGCAAUUAAUAGUUCCGUGUUUAAUAUUCUAUUGAGCUUUUAUGUUUCUUCAUUAUCGGACAAAUUAACCAGAAAAUUCAUCUUGGAAAUUAUCAAUUCAGUUGCAAAAUUUCCAAAAUCUGCAGUACUUCUUGUUAAUUAUUAUGGAAUAAUUCCAUGGCUCAAUACUAUAACAGAUAGAUUGGAAUCAUCGGAUUUGGAUUUUGUUCCAAUAUUAAUUAAUAUAACAAAAAAUUUUUUCGACAGUUUUACAAAAAGAAAUGUAAAAGAUAAGUUUUCUUUAAUUAUAUUUUUAAAAUUUUUGCUUACUUUAAAAUCAGUCAUGACACCAAAAACAAUAACAAUUUCUUAUUUUGUAACUUAUAUUGAUACACUUGAGAAAUUAUUGUGUUUUAAAGGUAUUUAUUUAGAGGAAAAACAUAUGAGAGAAUUAUUAGAAUUAGCUAAGAAUUUAUUUAAUGAUGAUAAUAAUAUGAGAGAGUGUGAAGAUUUAUUAUUGUAUGGCUCGAAAUUUGCUUCUAAAGAAAUUGAAGAUUUUUCGUUAGAAGACAAAAAUUUCGUUGCUCGCAAAUCGUUUAGAAAUUUGAUAUUAAGACAUCAUUCGUCAAAAAUGAUUUCAAAUAAAAAUAGGAAAGAUUAAUUUUUUUUUUGAACGAAUGAAUGACAUAAUUUAAAAUAUUGUAUAAAUUUUAUAUUAAAUAUUUUAGUAAAAAAAAAAAAAAAUAGAAUUUACUAGACGAAAAUUCCGAAAUGAUUUUUCUUUUGUUUUGUUUGCUUGUUUUUUUAAAGGUAUAACUUCAUUCUCAGUUUAAAAUGUCAAAUUUUUUCUAAUCUCAUAUUGAGAAUUUUUAAUUACAUUUCUCGGCUUUUAACGUAAAUCUUACGUAUUUUUAUACGUAAAAAUGAUUUAUCUAAUCGAUAUAAAUUGACAUUUGUCAUAAAAAUAAACAUUUUUAAUAUGAAAAAUUUCAAGUUCUAACUUUUUGAAUAUAGGAUUUUUCAGGAAUUAUUUUUGUGGAAAAAAUUGAAUUUUUUAUUUGAAAAAUGAAAAUUUUAUUCGGGCAGAGAAAAAAUGG